AUGUGAGGACACUGAAUAAUUGAGUGAUCCAGGAACUCUUUCUGCGUUUUGUCUGCUGGUUUAUACUUACAGGUGCUGUGAAGAUUUUCAUCCUGUGUUGCAGUUCAUCUUUGCUCUUUAUUCUCUCACCAGGAAGUUGGGUGAGGUGGCAGGGGGAAAGGGGAGAAUGGGGAGAAGGCCAUAGGCGAAGGUGACUUCUUGGGAUAGUGAGAAGCUUUUUUAUAUGGGAGCCACAUUUUAUGACAUACUCCUGGAGAGGAGGGUUUGGAGGCCUGGAGGUAAAUGGCAACAGCUGGGUGCUGUUGUGUGUCCAGUUUGGGACCCAUCGGGUAGCAUGCCCUGCCCCCCUAAUUGCUAACCCUCUGUCUGCUGCUUUAUCAGACUACGCGUUUGUUCACAUGGAGAAGGAAGCAGAUGCCAAAGCCGCCAUCGCGCAGCUCAACGGCAAAGAAGUGAAGGGCAAGCGCAUCAACGUGGAACUCUCAACCAAGGGUCAGAAGAAGGGGCCUGGCCUGGCUAUCCAGUCUGGGGACAAGACCAAGAAACCAGGGGCUGGGGAUACGGCAUUCCCUGGAACUGGUGGCUUUUCUGCCACCUUCGACUACCAGCAGGCUUUUGGCAACAGCACUGGUGGCUUUGAUGGGCAAGCCCGUCAGCCCACACCACCCUUCUUUGGUCGCGACCGCAGCCCCCUGCGCCGUUCACCUCCCCGAGCCUCCUAUGUGGCUCCUCUGACGGCCCAGCCAGCCACCUACCGGGCCCAGCCCUCAGUGUCUCUGGGAGCUGCCUACAGAGCCCAGCCUUCUGCCUCUUUGGGUGUUGGCUAUCGGACUCAGCCCAUGACAGCCCAGGCAGCCUCUUACCGCGCUCAGCCCUCUGUCUCCCUUGGGGCCCCUUACAGGGGCCAGCUGGCUAGCCCUAGUUCCCAGUCUGCCGCAGCUUCCUCACUCGGCCCAUAUGGUGGAGCCCAGCCCACGGCCUCGGCCCUCUCCUCCUAUGGGGGUCAGGCAGCUGCGGCUUCUUCACUCAACUCCUAUGGGGCUCAGGGCUCCUCCCUUGCCUCCUAUGGUAACCAGCCAUCCUCUUAUGGCGCCCAGGCUGCCUCUUCGUAUGGGGUUCGUGCAGCUGCUUCCUCCUACAACACCCAGGGAGCAGCUUCCUCCUUAGGCUCCUAUGGAGCUCAGGCAGCCUCCUAUGGGGCCCAGUCUGCAGCCUCCUCUCUAGCUUAUGGAGCCCAGGCAGCUUCUUACAAUGCCCAGCCCUCAGCCUCUUACAAUGCCCAGUCUGCCCCAUAUGCUGCACAACAGGCUGCUCCCUACUCUUCCCAGCCUGCUGCUUAUGUGGCACAACCAGCCACAGCUGCUGCCUAUGCCAGCCAGCCAGCCGCCUAUGCGGCACAAGCCACUACCCCAAUGGCUGGCUCCUAUGGGGCCCAGCCAGUUGUCCAGACCCAGCUGAAUAGUUAUGGGGCUCAAGCAUCAAUGGGCCUGUCAGGCUCCUAUGGGGCUCAGUCGGCUGCUGCGGCCACUGGCUCCUAUGGUGCCGCGGCUGCCUACGGGGCCCAGCCUUCUGCCACCCUGGCAGCUCCUUACCGCACUCAGUCAUCAGCCUCACUGGCUGCUUCCUAUGCUGCCCAGCAGCAUCCACAGGCUGCUGCCUCCUACCGUGGCCAGCCGGGCAAUGCCUACGACGGGGCAGGUCAGCCGUCUGCAGCCUACCUGUCCAUGUCCCAGGGGGCCGUUGCCAACGCCAACAGCACCCCGCCGCCCUAUGAGCGUACCCGCCUCUCCCCACCCCGGGCCAGCUACGACGAUCCCUACAAAAAGGCUGUCGCCAUGUCGAAAAGGUAUGGUUCCGACCGGCGUUUAGCCGAGCUCUCUGAUUACCGCCGUUUAUCAGAGUCGCAGCUUUCGUUCCGCCGCUCGCCGACAAAGUCCUCGCUGGAUUACCGUCGCCUGCCCGAUGCCCAUUCCGAUUACGCACGCUAUUCGGGCUCCUAUAAUGAUUACCUGCGGGCAGCUCAGAUGCACUCUGGCUACCAGCGCCGCAUGUAGGGCCAUUCUGGGGAUGGGGCACCACAGGGAGGGAGGGAGAGGAGACCCAGGUUAUAACUGCUCUGGCCCAUACCUCUCCCAGUUGCGGUUUUUCAUCCCCUCUACCAUGUGGGCCUACCCCAGGAGAUGGUCCUUUUGAGUGUUGGGCAGUAACCUGCUUUAUUCCUUCGCCUCAGCAGCAAAUCUUGCUACUGGCUCUAGGUCUGCGGUUUCCCCUCUACCCUGCCUCCCAUCUCCACAGAAUGGGAAUUUCUUUUAUGUUUUUACUUUUUCCUGGCUCCCUUUUAUUUUUGUGCGCGGUAUUUAAGGUCUGGAUGGGGAAGCAACCUGCAGCUGAGGUCGGCGGCGCCUUUUUCUUUUCAGCUGAGAGAGAGGCCAGGAAAGGGUUAGCUUAACCAUUUCCUAUGCGCCAAGCUGUGCCAGCAGUCCAGGGGGCCCUGACUGUCCCUCUGUAGACUGUGUUGAGACUGAGUUCCUGUUGGGACAGUCAGUUGGUAUGUGUCCAAAUCCCUACUGACCACUGAUGUUCUAGCUGAUGGUGAGCAGCACAGUCCCACUUCCCCAUUUCCCCAAGUAGGUGGUGUUAGAAAACCUUAAUUUUUUUCCCUUUUGUAUGGACUACAAAUAAAACUUGGGGCAAUUUGCAGUUUGGAAA